UAAUUUUCCAGUGCCUGUCGUGGAGCGAGUAUUACUAUGACGACAGUCCGAGUGACGUGAAAGUUGACGAGCAACCCCUCGGUGCUGGUUCCGCUUUAUUUUAUCCCCGCCCCACCCGGGUUAUUAUUAUUUUUAUUUUCCUCGUCGCUGAACUGAUCGAAGUGAGAUCCUUCGGGGUUGUUUUUUUUUCCUCCCCCGUUUCCGGAAGUGACGAAGACGCGACAAGAUGAGCUACCGAAACCUGAUAAACAGGAAUGACCUGAACAAUUUCACGUGCAGCGACAAGGGCUUGUUGUUGCCGAUUGUCAGCGAGUACACGUGGCCGAUUCCGGUACGAGCAGGGCUGUACUUCACGGCCAUGUUGUACUGCUUCCUGGGCAUCGCACUCAUCGCGGACAUUUUCAUGUGCGCCAUCCUCAAGAUCAUAUCCAAGACCAGAAAGGUCCACGUGUCGACAGCGAAAGAGAACGAGCCGCAAGAGAUUGAAGUGAGGAUAUGGAACGACACUGUUGCCAACUUGACACUGAUGGCCCUGGGGUCAUCUGCCCCUGAAAUCCUGCUGUCCUGCAUUGAAAUCAUAGGAAGAGGGUUCGAAGCUGGUGCCCUGGGCCCGGGUACGAUCGUGGGCUCCGCGGCUUUCAAUCUCAUGUGCAUCACGUCACUUUGCAUCGUAUUUACGGUGACGUCGGUCUUCUCCAUCUUUGCAUACAUUUGGCUGCUCCUCAUUCUCAAGUUCAUCUCGCCGAACGUCGUGGAACUGUGGGAAGCGGUCGUGACCUUUGUCGCAUUCCCGGUCCUCGUCGUGUUGGCCUACAUUGCCGACAAGUACGGCAGCUUCGGGUUCAAGUGGAAGGGCGACAAGACGCAGAAGAUCGAGAUGGGCGGCUUUCAACCC